CCUUUUUGAUCGCGUCCAUGGCCAGCUCCUUUUGUUUUUAACUUUUAUCGCCUGUGCACCACUCAUCAUGUCUUCCUCAAACACAGGAUACACCAAAAGAGACUCUCCUGUACCCGAUAUUACACCUGACAACGCCAUUGAACACGCCAAACGCGCUUUCGCGCUCAAAAAGUAUGAGCAAGCGGUGGAUUAUUAUGCCACUGCUCUAGAGCACCUUUCUCGAACAUUAGGCGAAGAUUCCCCCGAAAUCGCGGAUUUGUACUUCGCAUACGGAAAGUCACUUUUAGAAAACGCUAUCUCGCAGACUUCUGUUCUUGGUAAAGAUCAGCCGGAGGAAGAAGGUGCGGAAGACGACAAAGGCUCCAGUAGCAAUGGUCCCAUUCUAUCCUUUUCAGGCGAUGCUGAAGAAGGUGCAGAAGAUAGUGCAGUGGACCUUUUUGCUGAGGCAGCUAAAGAGGUAGCGGAAGCAGACGCGGCAGCCGGAGAAGAAGACGACAAUGACGAUGAGGACGCAGAGCCUGAGGAUGACUUCAAUGCGGCUUGGGAGGUUCUUGAUCUAGCGAGGGCGAUUUAUGAUAAACAGCACGAUGCGGAUACGAGCAAUGAAGAUGUGGCUCUAAAACUUGCAGACUGUUAUAUAGCACUUGGAGACGUGUCGUUGGAGACAGAAAAAUUCGAUCAAGGCAUUACCGAUUAUGAGGUCGGAUUAACACUAAAGAGCAAACUUCUCCCUUUGUCAUCUCGUCAAAUAGCGGAAGCACAUUAUAAACUCAGUAUCGUGCUCGAUUUAACACCUGGCCGUCUUUCGGAUUCUAUUAAGCACGCGGAUCAAGCUCUCCAAAGUAUCGAAAGCCGUUUAAGGGAGCUUAAACUGGCGAAAGAGCACCCUUCAUCUUUGGUGAAGGACGUGAAACCAGAUCCUAAAGGUAAAGGUAAAGGAAAGGCCUCGGCCGUAGCUGGAAUCAAUAGCGAUGCGGUUCAAAAUAUGUCAGCAACACAAAUAGAGGGUGAACUCAAAGAACUUGCUGAGUUGAAGGAAGAGCUCGCUUUGAGGAUUGAAGAGCUUAAAAUGGCCCCGAAUGAAACGUUAGCGGGAAGUGCUCCUGCUCUGGCGGCACAAGCCUUAGACAAAGAGCUUGCGUCUAAAUCCUCCCCAUUGGUACCUGCUGCUGUUGUCAACGACUUGACGAAUAUGGUUCGAAAGAAGAAAGCGCCGACUACCGAUGGAUCGUCUGCGAAGCGAAAAGCGAAUGACGGGGAGGAUUCGGGGUCGGAAAAGAAGUUAAAGUUGGAUGCGGGGGCUUCAUGAACUCUUCUACACUUCAUAGCAUAGCAUAGCGUCUGAUAAAUAUCACGUCUUGCGGCUGUCCCCAUCUCACAAGUAUUCGAG